AAUUUGGCGCUAUUUUCUACGUUUUGCUUCUACUUCUGCCAACCAAUCACAGUUCUUGUAUUAGGAAAAACAGAAAUAUUUUGGGCAUUUGCGGUAAUUUCCAUUUCCCUCUGGAUGUGCACGAAUAUGAAACGUGCAAGGCACUGUGAUGUUUGUGAAAUUUGCCUUACUCAGAGCAAAAACUGCGAAACAUUCAGAAAUAUACAGUAGUAGAAAUGUCAUCUCGCUAUCUAACUGACCUUUCUUAGAUGUUUCAUUACGCAAAUCUAUCUCGUAAAUGCUAGCAAGUGACAGGACUAUUUGGCUGCGGAAUAUUUCAGUGGGAUAGGUACAUUACAACUAGAUAAAUGUGGAUUCUGAGUUUCUGACAGUACUUAUGAUCAUGUUUGGUAUAUUUUCGUAAAUAAUUUCUAUAUUAUGUACAGUCCAAAACGAACAAAAUAAAACCCUGUUUUAAAAUAGAGCUUCUGCUGGUUUUACUGGCAUCCUGAAGGGGCAGCACUGUCCCUGGUUACAGAGCGUGGAGACGGAACUGGGAAGUUAAUUCAAUAAAUCAGUGCUUCCUAAUUGAACCGCCUCAUUUAACCUAAUGACAAUUCGUUAAGUACAUUUCAUUAUAACGGCAUUCAUUUGCACUGAAUAUUGGCAAUACAUGUGUAACACUGCUGCACCAUCGAGAGAAAAUCACGCUAGGAGUGACCUAGUUUCCUUACGUGAAAAAUGACGUUCACUUGCGAUCUGUCAACGCCUAUGAAGUCAUAGCAGGUGUGGUUAUAUUUUUGUAGCGUUACAGCAGCGAUUGAACAUCUUGAGGAUAGCCGCAUGUGGUGACUUCAGUUAUGAUUCAUUGGCAGUUUGCUUGCUAACGCACGGGGUCUGAACGUCACAGUUCUUGCGUUUUCAGUUGCACGAAGGAUACUGUGCUAUAUGCAACUGUAAAUAGUGGGAGAAGGAAGCAUUAUAAGAUAACAUGGAGCUGGCACGAAAAGAUCACAUUGUUAUGACACCAAAAUGCAAAACUACUGAUUCAACAACCCUUGCGAUUGAACGUAGGGCAGUUCCUUUGGAUGAUACCAAGAAUGACAAAAUACAUGUUGCUGGUGGUGACCACCAGGGAAUCAUAAUUAACAAAGAACUGGCAAAGGAUGCGGAUGAUAGCCCAGCACAGCUGUCCCUGGAGUUCAGGGUGUUCCUCGUGAAUGCCCAGACAGGCAGCCAUACACGCGAGAGCCGUACGCUGCACUAUUGGUUCGCAGAGGAGCUGCCAGCGACGGAGCGUCCGUCUGUGGCUCAGCUGUUCUUCAGGGAGCUGGUCAGCCCACAAGAAUUCCCCAGGGAUUAUGUUGGUUUCAUCAAGAAAGUUAUGAAACUGCUGCAGCAUGGAUUUACUGGUAUCCGCAAAGUGGAAGUCACUCUAAAGCAGCUUGGUACAUCUGACCAACCUCCGCCUUCAGCUAGACCCUUAUCCGCAGAUGAGAGCACACUGGGUGCCGUCGCUCCGCUCACAGAAGAACGCAUCAAAGAACUGCUGGAAUCCUCUUUUCCGAACCCGGUGACUGCGGUUGAGCUGGCGCGUUCCAACGGCUGGUCCGAGGAGGAAGUGCAGGCGCAGUUGUCACAGCUGACGGAGAAGGGCAUUGCCAAGGCUCUCGAGCACGGUGCAUACACACGCGCAGUUGCUACCAAAGUGCAGGUUGUGCGUAACAUGCCGGCCAUGGUGCAGUCCAAGCAGCCGACAAUCGCCAUCAUCACUGCACAGUACUGUGAGAAGUUGGCAGUGGACUCCAUGUUAGAUAACCGGGAAACCUUUGUACGGUACACAACAGUCGGUACAUUGGCGAAAGACCCUGUGACUGGCAAGUCGGUGAGCUUGAAGCGUUUUGGAGAAUCAAAUGUCUACACAUUGGGCAACAUUGGAGCACACCGUAUCGUAUGCACAAAGUUGCCAACUGUCGGCCACACACGGGAGGCCAUUACUGCUGCGGGAAAUACAACAACCAGGAUGCUGGGGACUUUCCAGAAAGUGGACCAUGUGUUUUUGGUCGGUGUCGGAGGUGGAGUGCCUCACUACACGGACUACAGGAGGCAUGUCAGGCUCGGCGAUGUUGUCGUCUCGCAUCCUGUUGAUGGCAAGAGGUCAGUUUAUGUCUAUUGUGAGAAUGCUGCAUUAUCGGAGUCUGGUGGGGCAGAGUUUGAGAUAAAGGAAUAUUGCCCAAACAACAUGGGACUGCAGGAGAUUGCUGCCCAGCUGCAGGCAGAGGCAGAAUCUCGGGACGAACCACCGUGGAUGCAGUUGAUGCGGGAAGCAAUAAACUCGUUGCAGUCAGAGUCCGAACACGAUUUCUCUCAGCCUCCCGCUGACUCAGAUAAGCUGUACAUGGCUAUUGGAGAACGGGAUCUCAUAGAAGUGGCCCACCCAUCCCCACAAGAAGGUGCUGAAAAUCACAGGCGGAAAGGCUGUCCAUGGCUCCACCUGUCUCCCGUUGCGUCCGGGCGGGGUGUAGCUCGCGAUGAAGCGCUGAGGCAGCAGCUGGCCCACGAGACGGGGGCACUCGCAUUUGACUCGGAGUUCGACGCAGUGCUCGAUGCUGUGACUGGGUCAUGCAGAGACAGCUUCCUCGUAGCGCGCGGUAUUGCUGACUACCGCGACGGCGGCCGUCCAGGGGCAGCAGGCUCCCAGUGGCAGCCGUAUGCCGCCCUCGCGGCUGCAGCGGUUGUGCGCUGCAUCGUCGAGAGAGUCCCAGCUGUGUGUGACUAGCAUCUGUACUGAGAGACAACACUCUUUGCUGGUAAUUUAUUUCAUUAGUCAGUCCGAGACCUCAUUCAAAUUCCUAAUUUUUAUAGAACUUGUUUUGGUCAUAUAGAGGAUAAACUUGGUUUAGAGUUUUAUUCAUUAAUUAUGCAUGAUCACUAGAAAUUACAUUGUAGGACUGUGGUCCUUAAUCACAGCUAUGUGGCUUAAGUUGUUAUAUUUGCCACAUUGUUCAUUUUAUUGAAGACUAGUUGUUGCAUUUAAUUGUAAAUUCAAUACUGGUAACUAAUGCUGAGUUUCGUAAAGAAUAUUCAUUAGUGUGUGUGUGUGUGUGUGUGUGUGUGUGUGUGUGUGUGUGUGUGUGUGUGUGUGUGUCUAAUAGGGAUAGGUACUUUUUGAUAUUUUAAGACUGUGCUGCUCAUCAUAAUUUGCUGUGAAGAGGUCAUCUUACUUCUAUGAAACUUAAAAACACAUCCUCCUGUCCAAAUAUGUUGUUCCUACUGUCACACACAAAAAUGAUCUGUGUUGUAUUGUCUUCUCUUGACUGGCCGGAGAGAUAUAAUUAUAUUUUCCCAAGUUCAUUUUGCAUGUACUCUCUUCACAGCCGUGUAGUUUAUUAUAUGCAUGCUGGAUUUUUUUAUUUUGUUAUUAAGUAUACUGUCUCCUGUUUCUUUUGGGAACAGUGUGUUUUAUUAGAGGGAACUGUUACGGCAGAUAUUGGUCCAUAUUUUAAUAUAGGGUAGAGUAUAAGUCAUGAAGAGGAAAGUUAGAAGUACAGAUAAUAUUGUUAUAUAAGUUAUAAGGUGUGCCAGGAUCAGGAUGUAAUUGUAAGGCAGCAAUGUGUAACUGAGGUGCUAACAUUAGACUGGACUAGUACAGUUACAACGAAUGUUUCUUCAAAUUCCGUGCCCCCCCCUCCCAAUCCAUUCGUUCCAUUUACAGACUUACUAUAAAAGUACCACAAUGUUGUUAGUGAGGAAAGAGUAUUGUGACAUAAUGGACUGAAACAGAGAAGCAGGCCUCUCUCCAAGCUUCACUUGAAAUGCUGUGCUCCACAUGUAUAUUCUCAGAAGUUUCUUUCUCUCUUUAAGGCCUUUGUCUCUUACUAACAGAUUUCUUUAGCAAGAAAUGCCUGUACUAAUCUGUUCCUUAAUAUUUAUGCAUUGCUGGGAUUACUUUCAGUUGGUGUUCUGUGCUCAGUAGACUGUUCAUUCCACUUAAUAGGUCCUGUAAUUCUUCAUUUAUAUCAUUUCACCCUGAAUCUUAAUCCCACUUCAAAACUUUUCAGUUAUUUCUUACAUUGUUUCUUUGAUGUUGAGAACACCCAUUAUUUUAAUCCAAGCACUUCUGUCUUAUUUUGAGGCAGGUACCAAUGUCAACUGCAAUUGGGCAUUGAAAUAAUUCAAUGUCAAGUGAUGAAAAUUUCUGCUAGAUCAGGACUCCAUCUCAGAUUUCUCACUUCACCCAAGUGCAGUUGCGGCUGAUGUUCGUAUAUCCCUCGAAAUAUUGUUAUUUACAGCUGCUGUAUCAAAAACGGAAUAUGUUUGACAGAGCAAACACCACACACAUAUACUACUUAUUUCUUACUCUUCUGUUCUUUGACUCUAGCAUUAAUCAACUUCUCCUCAUCUCAAAAUUUUCUUUUUUGAUAAAAAUAUAAUGCCACGAAUUCUAUAUGGAUGCUCCUGUAUUUUAUAUGAAAGUAAGUGAAUCGGACAGCACCAAUUGCUUAUUCUUGAAGGAACAGGAUGCUUAAAUUAUGUGAAAAAAUACUUCUAACUCCUCCAUGUCUGUCUGAACUAGGGAUAAAUUAUGACAGUGGCUCUCUCAAAUAGUGAAGCAAAUAAGAGGAAAACAACCAAAAUCCGGCCACUGUGGUCUAGCGGUUCUAGGCGCUUCAGUCUGGAACCGCGCGACCGCUGCGGUUGCAGGUUUGAAUCCUACCUUGGGCAUGGAUGUGUGUGAUGUCCUUAGGUUAGGUUCCAGGGGACUGAUGACCUCAGAUGUUACGUCCCAUAUUGCUCAGAGCCAUUUGAACCUUUUUUAAAAACAACCAAAACUCACUUGUGCUAUACCCCACAGCUCCGUCGUGUUGGCAGCUCUUUCUACCUCCCUUUUUCACUCAGACAAAAGAAAUUGUACAGGGUACUACAUCAUUCACACAUUAAAGGUUGCUAAUGUAUUAUUGGAGAGCUAUUUACCAGUCAUUAUCUUCAUGCAAUUUGUAGAUCUUGUAUGGGUAUUCUGGAAACUUGAACACUUUCAGUCCUUAAGAACUGGCAGUAGUCAAAUUAAGAGGACAUAAAUUAAAGAGAGUCUGCUUAUAUUUUAGGUCUGGAUAACAUUGUCACACUUUCAAGAUUCAGGUAUACAAAAUGUAAACUUUGCCUAGAUUUCCAUUUCACUCCAUUGUGCCACAUUCGUAUGCAGUAACUGCCUCCCAGCACUUCUUUACACAGUGUUCCAAGUUGUUGUUCCAUGAAAACCUAACAGUUAUACCAAUUUGAGGACCUCUAUUUUUCAUAUAGGAUGUAGAUUAGAGAAGUAAAGAAAAAUACAUUUGUGUGUUAACAAUAACAGUUAACAGACUAAAAGCCAGCACAAUUACCUCAUGGAAAUUGAGAUGGGAUCAUUCUGUGUGUCCUAACGUAAUAUUCGUUUAAUGUCUUGCACAAAGCAAAUCUUGUCAUGUAUAAUUAGCACUUUGCCUUCGCAACAAGUACAUAUAAUAUCUAGUGCUAUUCAGAAAAAUUUGAAAUUUGGUCUGGUGUUCAUUUGCACAUUCAGACCAUCAUGUUUUCGUGCCCUUGUCCUGACAUACAACAGAAAUAGCUGAUUUCUUAUUAAACUCAUUUUAGUUCUUGAGUAUCUACUCUAUAAUUAUAAAAAGAGCACUGAAACUAUUUCCUUUAGAUGUAAUAGAAAUUUUACAGCUGAAAAUUUCCAAAAUAAAUAGAAAAAAUGCUGGCUUCUUAUGCAUGAAUAAAAUAGUCUUAACCUUUCAGACUUCUGUGAUGGCAAACAAAAAUUUAGUGAUGUCUAGAGUUUGGGUGACUAACUAGAACUGUAGAAUGUGGAAGGGGAUAAUGUAGGGAAAGAAUAUAUACUAGGACAAAUAAAAUUAUUAAAUAAUUAGCUUCUAUUCAGUGUGACUAAUUGUAAGCAUUUGUUAUAUUGUGUGUUAAAGUUGUUGAAAUACUAUAUGUGACACUCCUCUUGCCCAGAAAAAGAUAGUAUAUAAAAUGUCAUGUUGUUUUCCUGUUGUUUUUUGCAGCAGAAAAUGCUACACCAUUGUGGUUGUAGAUAUAUUUAUUUUAAUUUUAUUCUUUUUGUGUACCACAGCCAAAUUAUUAUAGACCUGCAUGUGUGCUAGUCGAAUAACAGAGUUUACAUUUAUAUUUUUAGAUUUGAUUUUUAAUUCUUAUUGUUUUGCUUCCAAUGUUAUAUUUAUUUUCAGUUACAUAUUUAAUGAUUUUGUUUUCUUUUUCACUGCUAAAGGAAUUAACUUAGUUUUAUUUUAUAAGGCUGUUUUGUUUUUAUUACAGGCUUAAUUAUACUGUUACCAAGAAUCUCCUUAGUAAUAGAACUUUGUAACUGUAGUUUUUCUGUUAAAGAAAAAGCUGUAUUCUCAGAGAGCAUAAGAUACAUGAAAGUGAACAGUAGAGCACAAAAAAACAAACCAAUUCAGUUAAUCUUUAAGAACAUCCAAGAUGAGACCUUAUUUUGUCCAUAUUUUAUGCAACCUACAGUUUUGACUCAAAUAUUUAAAUUGAUCAUAACUAAUGUUCUUAUGUACUUGGCAUAAACAAGAGCCCUGUUAUUCAUGCAAUUGUGUGUGCCAUAAACUUACAACUUUUGUUUCCAUAGGCAAAGUGUACAUGCUUAUUACUGUCGCGUGUGCAGAAAUUGUUAUGUUUAUAAUUUAUUUAUUCUCAGUUUACAGAAUAUUAUGUAUGCUAUAUAUGCACCUAAGAAGGUUUUUAGUGUGGUUUUGAAUGUCUCUAAACUCUCCUGUUUUGCUGUGUUAUUUGUAUUUGAUACAAUUCUUUAACAAGUGGAUAAGUCUGAUUUGUUUACCAAAGCUGUUUGCUUAAUACUUCAGCACAACCUGCUUUGAUUUAGAGGGCAGCUGAUACAUGUUUUCUUCUUAUGAGGGAAGCCCCUUAAGUAUACAAAUUAGGUUGAUAACAUUAAGUCAGCUAGCAAAGAUUUGUCACAGUGUUUGUGCUGUAUAGGGAAUAAUGCUUCGCUUCAAAGUUUUGACUGUUCUGAAUAUUUUUACUGUGUUUGAGUCGAGCCAUAUUUUAUGCUGCAACACUACACAUAAAUAACAAAAUUGAGUACAUCUGAUAUCAAAAGCAUACCUGAAGACAGCUGGCAGAUUGGGAAUCUUGCAAAUGGUGGUAAAGAAGCACAUCAAACACUGUUGCUGAAAUGUUUAUAUUGGGACAUCAGUUGGAGUACCUGUUACACUAGCAGUUAACAAACGUUUCUAACUGGAUUGUAUGUUGUUCAGAUUUUGAGGUAUUAUUUAUUUUUUUAAUAGAUAGAGUCAGUGUGUAUUUUGAUGGAAAUACUGCCGAUGCCUUCAUGUGAUAAACCACAUUUUAUUGUUGUCAUGUGUGUCAAUUACAAUAAAUUGAUCCAUUUAAAGUGUUGUUUAAGUGGAAACUGUAAGUUAGUGCUGAAGAAAUUUAAUGCAGUUAAAUGAUCUAAAUUAAUAACAUUGGCUUAGUAGUUUGCAUUAGAACCAAAGAUAAUUGUGUUUAACAAUUAAUGACUUGAAAUUUUUAAUUAACUGACUGUUCAAAUUACUAUUUAUCAAAACUUAAAAAUCCCUUGCUGUUUGCAGUGUUUUCCCACAUUUAGAAACAGGUGGUAAAAGAAUGAUGGAGGGCUUAAUUAGCAUGUUAGUACAGGUACCUUAGGACCAUGGGAAUGGGCUAAAAGACUAUUUUGGAUGUUGGCACAAUAAAUGUUGUAUAUUCUGCCAAAAUAAUUCGAAAUUCCCUAUCUCUGUUAAAUGCAGCCCGUCACCUCUCUUUUCCCUGCCCUCUCACCUCCAUCCCUUCCAGUCUAUUUUUCUGUCAUCACAAAAUUACAUGACUUGCUUAUUUUGUGGUUUAUUGCAGUUUUCUUUCUCUUUUUCUGCUGAAGAGAUUACAGUUUGUAUUCAGUUUGAAAUGUUUUGAUACUUUGGUUUUAUUCAUGUUUGUUUGUUCUGUUGUGAAGCAUAUUCACAGAAUGUGCCAGGCAAAUGUAAUAUAUCUUCUACAUUACAUUGAGAUAUCAGUGACAGCUAGAAAUACGUGCAUUACCUAAAUGAAAGAUACAUAUGUCUCCUGAGGCCAAGCGUAUCAUCUUAAUUUAGAGUGUGCUAACAAAUUAUAUCUAAUGUAGAACAGAACACAGUUGUAGGCCUUAUAUUUGAUGACAUAUAACUGGAACUAUUCUAUACAAAAAUAGACCUUACCACUUAUAUCUUCCAUCCUCAGCUUGCCAGCAGCAUAGUUAAUUAUAGCAACCUUUCACACAAACUGUGUUGAUAAAAUUAUGGUUUUAAAUUUGUGACUGACUUGCUUUCGUAGGUAAAUGUUGUUACUUGCUUCUUAGGAUCUGCACUGCAAGUUUAUGAAUCUAGGUUAUGUGGUGCUUUGUUUCAGUGGUUUAUUAAACCCUGUCUAUUGACUGCAUAAGAGUACAAGAAACUGAAAUGUAAUGGAAAUUAAGCAACCAGAGAAAAUUCUUAAAAAGAAUCCAAGUUUUACAUUACACAAGAAUAUUACUUCCAGGCUACAAAUCAAUUAGGGAAUCUUAUAUAUUUGAAAUUAAUUCAGUUCUGUGGAAAAAUGAUAUCUUUUUAUUAAGAUAUUGAGAAAUUAGACACACUGAAAAGGCUCUAGUCCCAUGAAAUUCUUGAACAGCGCAAAAGAGUGACAAUGUAUGGGAAGAUGAAGGCUCUACUUCUAAGGAAAUAGAAGAAAUAUUACCGGAAUGACUUGUCAUGUUUAAUUCAGCAAGGAUAGUGGACUGUGUAAGAAGAAUUUGCUAUGUCUGAAGUGUUACAACUAGAAAACAAAAUAGUCUUUCUUUUCAGUAAAUAUUUUCUGAUAUUAUCUUUUGCUGUACUUGUUUCUUAAAGACUUAAGAACUCUCAAGUUCUGUUUUCUAUUUUACUUUCUACUAUUUCUGUUAAUGCUCGCAUCAAAGUGCACUAAAUUCCUUCUUAAUUAUUAUGUAACACAGCUAAUGGUCUGUCUCUAAUGUUUCCAUUUUCAGUAGUCCAUUAAAGUCUAAAUUUAAAUUCCAUUUUUAAAGCUACAUUAACACUAUUUGUGAAAAAUAAGUGACAACAUUACAUGAUUGAACAGUCAGUAGUGUCAGUUAUUUAUGAAUUUUAUACAGUUAUAUGUACAUUGCAGUUUCAUUUUGCAACUUGCAUUACACAUUGGUUAAAAAUUAAGAUAACAUUUGUGUGAUUGAUGUUAAUAUUUUUACAAUAAUGGGAAAAGAAUUUUUUUAACGAGAGCAUACCAACAUUCACAUACGGAAUUCAGGGAAAUUUGAAAUCAGGCUGGGGGUCUGUGGAAUUCUAUCAGCCUGUCUACGAAUAUAAGACUGAUAUCUUUUUCCGCCUGUUGUCAGAAAUAUAGUUUGUGAGUUUUAAUGCAAACUGCUAACUUUGUGUGGCCUAAUUUUUGUUUAUCAGAAUACAAAUAAAUUGUGCAAAGGAAGUAAGACACUGAACAUAAUCAAACUUUGAUUUUGAUAUAUAGUACCACAAUUAAGACUUUGAGCCAACCUUCUUUUUCAGUUUAAGGCUUCUUUUAUUUCAUGCAGAACUAUGACAAGACUGAUGAAAAUAUUCCUGUGAACCAAUUUCUUUAAACUACAUUUAUGAACUACAAUAUGAAUUAUAAGAUUAAAUGCUUAUUUAUACUGUUGCCUUUUGAAAAUAAAUAUAUUUGAGACAGUUUAUUAUUCAAAUUGUUUUUGUUGUUCCUUUUUCAAAAUUAGCUUUGCUUCAUUUUAUCAAUAGCCAUCGUUAUGAUGCCUGCUAUUUCAGGAAUAUUGCUUUGCCUCUAAAUAUGUAAAGCGCCAACUAUUUCUUUGUUCAGCAACUUAAUUUUAAUUCUACCCUGCGAGUAAUGUUCUCUCAGGAAUUACACACACAUGCUGUCAAAGAGUUAACUCGUCUUUCUUGGACAAUUGUUGCAGUUGAUUCUAAUGGCCAAAACAACUCAUCAUCAUAGCAUGAAUUAUACGUGUCUUUUGGAAACAAGAAGUGUGUUACUUGUUUUCAUCAGAAAUAUGUCUGUUGGAUGUGCUGUAUUAAUAAGGAAACUAAUGUUUGUGCCCUUAGCACUAAUGUUCAUAUUCACAGGCAACAACUAAACAUUUGAAGUAAUAUUGUGCUUGUGAUUAAGUGACUGGUCAUGUUAAGGUGGAAGCAAAUUUGUGAACAACUGAGACUUAAUUUGUACAUAGACAAAAAUUAUUGUGCUUUUUUAAUGUACUGUGUGAUUUUUACAAGUCAUGUUAUUGAUUUUUGUCUUUUUUUUUUUAACAUAAAAUUUGUAAAAAAAAAAGGAAAUUUAAAAAUAAAGUUGGUUGUAUACAUGUAAGCGAACAGGCAGGGAACUGAACUGUCUGUCCAAAUAUUCAGUUAAAUUGUCAGAUACUCAGAGAUGCCUAACCAAUACUUACCUUCAUGAUUUAAAACUCCCAGUACUGGUUAUAAUACAAGAAUAAAUCUCAGUUGUUGUAAUAGUAGGCUUCUUCAGGGAAGAAAGAGGAAUUAAAUGGAAGGGCGAAGGAGAGGGGAACAUCAAUCAAAAACUGCUGAACCUCCCUCAACAGAUUCUUCUUUCUUCCCUGAAGGAGUUGUGUAUUCUCCCAAAAUCCAGAAAUACUAUGUUCUACUCUUCUGCAUUGCUGUGAGUUUUACUAGGAAGUCCUGGGCAACAUUGCUAUCCCUCUGUGGCUUUAACGAGGUCCUGAAUUGAAAUAUCAUUUUUAUACAAAUUACCAGCUGAAUUGUGUUAUAGAAUAUUGUAAAUCUAGCAUGAAACUGUCUUAAUGUUUUAAGGGCUCAGCAUGUCGGCAAUUAAGAUUUCAAAGAUACUACUAAGUUUAGCAGAAGAUUUAGCGUAGAUAGUGAAGGAAAUGUAUUUGUCGAUAUCAGUGUUCAGUGCAGUAAUGAAUACAUCAUUUCCUGAAGCAUUGUCAGACAGAUACGUCUAAAAGAAUUGAAGUACGAUAUGUGGCAGUUGCUGAAAGUGAUUGGGGUACUGUGUCCAUUAGUUCAUACAGAUGUGGUUAUUGUACAGCAGGGAUUUGCUCAGUUAUCAAAGCACAUUGUUCCAGAUGUUUUCAUAAUUAAUUCUGUAGGGAACCCUCAACUGUAUCACCUUGUCAUAAUCUCAUCAUCAGCACAUACCUUCUCCAUCCACUUGUUGUGCUUCAUGCCAUGCUUUCGAUAAUGUACAGUUUUCUACUAAUUGAAGAUUAUUUGACUGCUGCUUCCAUCAUUGACACGCUAACUACACCACUUGUUACUUUUCACAUGGCACUUCAGUGUUGCCGCACCAGAUGGCAGGUGUGCUUCAAGUAAGGCAUGCACAAUAAGCAGCAGGCUGCUUACAUGGCCGGAACACAGUUUCACCCACUGCAGACAGCAGCAAUUAAAUGGACUGCCAGUUGUGUCUGACAGUGGAUUAAGUCUUUCUGUCUGCACUACCCAAAAAUUGCAAGUGAACUGAUGUUUCGUUGUGAUACCUUGGCAAUGUCUCUCUCACACACUUCCAGUUAGUGUGGUAUGGGUUUUUGUGAGAAAUUUUUCUUCACCUAAUCUGCUUACAAUGUGAUAAUUUUCUGUAAUGUCUGUGUUUGAAAAUGUUCUGGUUCAUGACUGUGAACAGUUAUUAUUUUCGGUGAUGAUGUACUCUUUGCUUUUCACUGAACUUGUGCUCUUGUCUUGUCACUAACUUCAAUUCCUGCCCAGAAAUAUGCAGUACCAGAUAGUUGUAUAUAGGGCUCUACAAUCAGCAUUGUUACAUUACUUACAAGGGAACAUUUUUGUUCACUCCAGAUAUUCAUACUCAAAAUUGAACUCAUUGUAUGGAUUUGAAUGUGUGGAAAUCAGAGACAACAAGCAUGCAUCUGUCAGUUAAGAUUGUUGCUCAAAUGGGAUAAUAUUAAUGGGUAUGUAAUAAACAGUUUCCGCAUGUGAUUUUCGAAAUAAGCCUGAAAAGUGUGUAAAGUUCUAGGUUACAGUUAUUUUAGAGUGUUCCAUUGGAUAUGACAGACGAGUACAGGCUGUUGACAUCAGCAUACAUUUCUUUUUUCACUUUCCUUCAGUAAAAGAUGGUAAAAGGUACUAUUUAACAUGUCUCUGAAGGAACUCUACAGCACCUUAUCAGUUUUCUCGUUCUCUGUUGAUGGUAGGCACUCGUUUGAUCAUUCAAAACUGACUCUCAUUUUAGGAAGAUUAUCUGUUACAUUGUGUUCACUUAUUUAUGUCUAGUACAAUAAGUUUCAGUGAUGCUGUCUGUAUAAAAAACAAUACAGGAUUCCUCGCUCAAUAAAAUUUAAUACUUUUGUUAAAUUAAGAUGCUGACUUGCCGCAUGCAUAGUGAUGGAUGUUUCACGGCCACUGUGUCAGGUGUGAAAUUCUGCUGUGCCCACAUAGUGCCUGGCAGCAGCCCUAUAGCUUUCAGUGUGUUAAUACAGCUGUAUUGUGAGCCAGUUCUUUAUCUUCAUUAUAUGGAGGACCCUCAAACUUUCACUUAUAUCUGUUACCAACAAAUCUUAGGAUAUUGGACAGACUGUUGGUCAUCUAAAAUGUUAAUUUUCAUAUGUGGCUCUUUCUGAAGAUAUUGCUACCAUCCCUGUGAGCUAUGAGGAAGAAAAUAGUUGAACUGUUCCCAGUUGUGUAGUAAAUCAAUAGCUGUCCUUUGUUUGAAGUACUGCUGCCAACCUGGACACUAUGCAUCUGAUUUUUACUUUGGCUGAUCACAUUGUUACAGUGGAACUUUUUUUGCAUAAAAAUAUAAUGUACAGAGAGAAGAAAAAGCAUGAAUAUUCUGAGUGUAGCUUAGUUGAAAGAUAGGUGGUUUGUAAGGUCAUCUUUACUAGUCCAGGCUAUAGAAAUUAGAAACAAAAGGUCAAUUAUUAUUGUUGUUGCAAGACUCAGUACAUUGAAACACCUCAUGUGAAUCUCUCCCUGUGUUUGAAUAUUUAGUCAGGUAAAAAUUUUCCCCUGUUAACAUUGUUAAAGAGCAGUCACACACGAGUUAUGUGCUCGAUGGGUUAAGGUAGAAAGAGUCCUGCUAUCAAGUGUCUUGUGUAAUUUUCCAAAUAAUAUGUAAAAUAACUUGAUUGUGUGUGCCUAGUGAUACAGACAGUGCUAUGUGUGUGUCCAACUUGGCAGAGAGUUACAGAGUCAAACAGAGCACAAUUUUGUGUAUACUGAGAUUCAGUCCAUGGAAAUUGCCUGAAAUUAUUCUUAUGCUAAAUGAAACAUAAUGCAAAUGUUGUUGUAAUUUGUGUUCACAUGUAUUUUCUUUUUUCUGUCAUCCCAUACACUUAGAUAUACGCCUUAGUUAUUUGGUUACUAUUAGUUUUGCACAUCUUUCGUUGAAUUGGUUAGACAAAAUAUGCGAUUUUUGGUGUUUGGAAUAUUAUUGCAUGUAAAUAUUGCUCAAUUUAUUUACAUUGUGGCCUAGAUAUUGAAGCUGGUGAUAACAGCACAAACUCUCAUUACGGACUGGAUAUUGUUAUCAGCUUCAAUUUUUUUAAGCUGGAGUGAGCUAAUGUAGCAAAAGAGGUUUUUCUUCAAUUGUUUUACAGUGGCCAUUGACUUGGGUGGUUGAAUUUAAAUAACUGCAACGUAACACCAACUUACAUGAGUCAGUGGAUACUUCUUACCUGUAAUCUGGAGCACUUCUUCCAUAGUCAGUAAUCUUCUCACAGUUCCAAUCUUAGCAACUUAUCUGAGUCACUGAGUGGAAAAAGAAUUAACAUGAAAACACACUUGAUAAGACAUACUCAAAUAUUAUUCUAACUGUUACAAAUAUGAGAAACAAGUACAAUCCUCACCACUGUAUACGAAAGAAAAACAAGACAUAAAAAUGUGUCCUUAUUAAUUUACUGAAUACUCACUGUUGUUAUUGUCUUUCAAAAUUGUGAUGUUUUGUGUGAAUGUUCCUCACUGUUUUACGUAUUUUUUUCCAUGCAGCUAACUGCAUUUCUGUAAGUCAGAAAUAAAAGUUAAACAUGUUAAAUAAAAGUUUGUCUACAGAAAG